AUGUCUCUCAGGCCUGUCCCGCACCAGGUGCUUGAAGUGGAACUAGCGGAUGUAAGACCUUUCGCUCGUCUUCUCCGAGGUAUAGGCUUCAAGCAUAAUGCAGUCAUGAGUGUCUCCGAGGCUGGGUUCGAGGUGACUUUAGAGGAAGUCAGAACUCUAUGUGCCGUCGCAUGGAUCCCAGUAAACCUCUUCAAGACAUUCAUCUUCCACCCAUCUCCUGUGCCAGCCAUUGUAGAAAUCUCACUCGAUACCAUGCUGCAGUGUCUGAACAUCUUCGGUAACGCAGGAUCCGGCGGCGCGGCAGCACCAUCCCGACAACGUUCUUCUCGACGUUGGGCUGGAGAUGGGGAACAAGAGGAGGAAGAGCAGGAUAAUGGGCCGAGAAAAGGUAAGGAGAAGAGGACGCAGAUGCGAAUGACGUGGGAGGGAAUUGGGAGUGAGUUGAUGAUUCACCUACAAGAUGAAGGUAAAGGACCCGUGACAACAUGUGCGCUCAAGACCCUUGAACCUGAAGAGCUCAUGAACCAAGAAUUUGAUGACGAUCAACGUGUUUUAUAUAUCAUCAUGAAAUCUGGGUGGUUUCGUCAAGCCCUUGCCGAUCUCCCUCCAUCGUGCAAAAAAGUGACUUUCACAGCCACACCUCGUGAUUCUGACGUACCACCUCCGGUGAUGGACGCCACUGGGAGUAGCAACGACCGUCGGACUCAGAGGGCCAGAAAAGGGAAUUUCUCCAUUCUGGCCGAAGGUGAUCUGGGGAAGACAGAGCUCGACUACCCAAACGAUCGCGAGGUGAUGGACCGGUUCGAAUGUCCCGAACGUAUCUCCUUCAGCUAUCAUGCGGCACAUAUCAUGCUCCUUUACCGCGCUCUGCAACACAGUAUCAAGAUCUGUAUCCAGAUCGAGACUGAGGGAUUCCUCUGUGUGCAGAUUAUGAUGCCUGUCGGGGAAGAUGUACCAGUGGGGGGUCACUCUGGAAUAUUGGAGUUUAAGAAAGUCACAGAAAAUGACAGUAGAGGGAUAGCCAGUAACGUACAGAUGCACGCGUUAGAGGAAGGUAUGUGA